AUGAGUAGCAAUAGUUGCACAAAGAUAUUUGAACCUCUAAAUUUAUGUGCAAAAACCUUGAAGCAUAUACAUUUCAAAGGGUUGUCACAGUAUGAACAGGCAAAUACAAUUCAGGAAUACUUGGUGAAGAAGAAUAUGGCACAUAGAGACUAUCACAUAUUAGAAAAGAAUCCAAGGAUAGUUCAAAAUGGCAGGUUGCCAAAAGUUGAGCCACCUGCGAUCUACCCCACAGUGUUGAGUUUCGAAUUUAAACCUGUCUAUACAGGUGGUAAAAGAGAGAAAAAGCAUACAGGUUUGAGAGACAUUGAAAAAAUGGAAGAUAUAAAACAUGUUGAAUUUGUACAGACAAACAGGGGUGGUCAAGUCACUUUUCAUGGGCCUGGGCAGAUAGUGAUAUAUCCAAUAUUAACGUUAUCCAAUUUUCAUGGACUUACUUCAAGAUGCUAUAUCUCUACGCUAGAAAAGUGUAUAAUUGGGGUUUUGAGUGGCGAUCCUUUCCAUUUAACAGCAAAAACAACCGAAAAUACAGGUGUGUGGGUGAAUUCACGUGAGAUAUACAAUAAUGGUACCUCCAUCAAAAAGAUCUCAUCGAUAGGUGUGAAUGUUAGAAGGUCCGUUACCUGUCAUGGCUGUUCCAUUAAUUGCAGUACCGAUCUCUCUUAUUUAAAUGACCCAAGAUUUGUAAUGUGCGGACUACCUCAAUUUAAGCAAACCUCCAUCCUUAAUGAACUUGGAACCUUACCCAUUGGAUUAGACAAGGUUGCAGACUUAUUCGUCAAACAGAUUGCAAAAAGAUUAGGUGUGAGUUCAAUUGAGACUUUUAGUCUUUCGGGAGAAGGUCCGAUUGAAUCACAAUUUCCAGCGCUUGAUGGUAUAUGCGAGAUGAAAAAAUAA